AUGACAGCAACGGUGAAAAUGCUCGGCGAAGAAAUGCGCAAAGUGUCGUUGAAUGAACCAAAUGGACAGGCGAAGAAAAAGACGAGUUCCGUCAGCAUCAUCUCCACUUCUUCCAGUUAGUUUUUUUUCUGAACUUUAUGAUUUAACUUUUUUUUUAAAUGUGAUAUUAUUUUUUGAAUUUUUUCUGAACAAUUUUUUUAGAGAAGUAAGCUCAAAGGGUAGGUCGUUUUACUUUGCGGUUAGGAAUUACCUGAAAAUUGGCCAGAACUCUUUUUGAUGUACCAGAAAAUUAUUCUGAAAGUCUCCUGCAAAACUUCUUGAUUCUCGAGAAAUAAGGGCUCAAAGCCUCAAAAUAGCCUAUUUUUUAUUAUGAAUUUUGAGGGUUUCCUUUGAUUUCGAGGCGUCUUCUCAGGUUGAACAGUUCAGAAUCGUCUUCUGGUACAUCAAAAAGUGUUCUGGCCAGUUUUAAGAAGAUCCCAAUCGUAAAGUGAAAUGACCUUCCAUGUCAGAAAGAAGUCGAAAUAGAAAAAAAAAAUCAAGCCGGAAAAAUAAUUUCUUUCAUUGAGAAAAAUCCUCAAGUUAACAAUUAUGUAUUUCACAUUCGAGCACUAACUUGAAAAAAAAAACAAGAUUUCAAUAAAAUUUCGGAUUUUUCUAUUCCAAUCCCGCUGUCUUUCCAAAUAUUGAUUGAUUUUCGGCUUCGAAAAAAAAAGUUCUUGAGAUUAUAUAAGGUGUUCUGGUGGAGCAUUUCAAUUGUGAUUCCAAAUAUUUAUUUUUAUAGUUUUUUUGAAGCUUUAGGUUAACUUGAACGGGAAUUGGAAGGCAAAGGUAUCGUUAAAAAGUCGAAAAAAAUGCUUCGAUUUAGAAAAACAGAAAAAAAUCGACAGUCUGGAUCUCUUUCGAAAAAAAUGGUUGAUUUUGAGAUAAGUUUUAUGGGAUUUUUGAAAAUUUUCUUUUGCGAUUUUUUUUAUUUCGACUGGUUUCACUUAAAUUUUUUUAGAUUUUUUUCUAACACUGAAUGAGCUCUAAGCUUUCAAAAACCCAACCUCAUUUCCUUGAAAAUCAGUCAUCAAAUGGAAAAAAAGUUUCAGAUGAAGACCCUCCGAGGAAGAAAAGUUCGCUCAAGGAGAACAUUGUCAACGUUUUGCGAUCGCCCAAUUUCCUCCUUCGACGGGAAAAUACCAAGUAUGGGGACUAGAUGAGUUAAAAGAAAUGGAAUGCUUAAAAAACAGACGUCGUUGGGACCAGGUCCGGGAGAAGCUGAAACUGAAUCGUAUCAAAAUCUCGGUCAGGGACAGGAAAAUCAGUACCGGUUAG